AGUAUUCCCCGCCCCUCAGGUCACUGGACAGGAAAGGGUUAACUCCCAACCCUAUAACAUCCGCUCUGCACCGCCCCCACCUUGUCUUUUUCCUGUCCAGGUCACGUGUGUAGCUUACCGCUUCCAGGGUCUCUCUGCUCUCUCUCUGCCCUGAUGCCUCCCAUAUGCUCCCCGGAGGGGAUCGCGGUGGAGAAGGACCAAUGGCUGGGUCACAUUCCACCUAUCAGGCCCACAGUUAAAUACUGGCCGUGUUGUUUGGUGGCGAAGUGCGGAUCCUCUGAAAACCGCUUCUAACAGACGCAGGAAGUACGUCAUUUUCCUCCCAGAGCCAGGCGUUCUUGCGUUCCACCGGCCGGAUGUACGCGUCAUUCCGGUCGCGCGUCAUGUUGGUCGCGCGUCAGUUCCGGUCGCGCGUUAUUUCUGGAGCGACGGACGCGUGCGCCGGCGUCUGACGUCACGACGCGCGACGGAAUUGGGAGUGAAGCGUGGUGUGUUGGUUACAGACAACAUGGAUCAGUCUGGCUCUGGGAGAGGAGUGCAGCCAAAAGUUUCUAGGUAAGCAAACGAUAACAGAGUUAUUGUUGGGGAGAGAGUGGAGGCUAAUGGUGCUUGUUUCUUUCCUAUAAGCCUCUCUGCCUCUACUGAAGCACAGAAGGUGGAAAGUCAACAAGCAAGAAAGCAGUCGGUGGCGGAGCAACCCUUAACGGCUGAGCCUCAAACUUCUACAGCACCCCAAUUGGAUGCCUUAGUGUCCCUAAUUAAGCAAGCAGUGGUGCAGGGGGUGCAGGAAGCAUCCUCUUCAGGCAGGAGGCCUAAGAGGUCUCGGGAAAUGCUGUAUGAGUCCCUUUCGGACAUUUCAGAAGAGGAAUAUUAUGAUCCGGCGGAUGAUCAGUCGGAUUUAUCAGAAGAAGGUGAAAUUUUUUCUGAGGAUGAGUCUGCCUUUGAUGCCUCCACAGUAGAGAGUCUGGUGAAGGCAGUUAGGAAGUCAUUAAGCUUAACGGAAGAGUUCUUCUGCAGACAAGUUGUUUCCGUCUGUAAAAAAGCGUUCCUCUACCUUUCCGGUUCAUGGCUCAAUUAAGGAGCUAAUUAGCUCAGAGUGGAAGAAGACGGAAAAGAGAGUGGUUAUUCAAGGUAAAUUUGCAAAGAAAUACCCUGUGGAUGAGCCUAAUGCAAAGUUGUGGGAUAAUCCACCUAAAGUUGAUGCGGCAGUGGUUCGAUUGGCUCGGAAAACUACCCUUCCGGUUGACGAUGCGGGUGCGUUUAGAGAUCCGAUGGAAAAGCGGAUGGAAUUGGAUCUGAAGAAGGCGUUUGUCUCUGCCGGGGCAUCUUGCAGGCCUGCAGUUGCACUAACUUCAACCUCUAGGGCGAUGAAGAUCUGGGUAAACAAUCUAGAAGAUGCCAUUUCUUCAAAUGUCAAAAGAUCAGUCUUGCGAGAGAUGUUGUCUGAUCUAAAGAUAGCUACUGAUUUCAUGGCAGAAGCUUCCAUCGAUUUAGUCAGGUUGGCAGCGAGGUCAAUGGCUCUUUCAGUAGCAUCAAGGAGAGCACUAUGGCUGAAGUCCUGGUCAGCAGACACUGCCUCUAAAGCCAAUUUGUGUCAGUUGCCUUUCGAAGGAGACAGAUUGUUCGGUGAGAGUCUGGAUUCAAUUAUUAAAAAUGUGUCUGGUGGGAAAAGUGUUUUUCUUCCACAAGAGAGGAAAUUCAGACGUCAUGGGCCAAGAGCUGAAUCACCUAAGAAUAGGAAUUUUCGUAACUCAAGGCAGUACAGACCUGGGAGGUCUCAAGGCAGACAGUCUCCAUGGAGAUCUUCUAGAGGGGAGCCACGACAACCGGCAAAAAAGGCAACUGGGUUCGGCUCCUCCUCACACAGAACACAAUGAGAUCAGGCCGGCUCAAACCUGUGCAGUAGGAGCGCGUCUAGCACUCUUCAAGGAGGUUUGGGCCGAGAAUAUUCGGGAUCGUUGGGUUUUAGAGAUUAUAAGAGAAGGUUACCAUCUCGAAUUCUCCAGGAUCCCAAGAUACGAUGUGUAUCGAGUUUCUUUGGUGCCGAAGGUUCAAGGUGCAAAGGAAAUAGUCCAAGAAUAUAUGGAUCAGUUGCUAGAGACCGGUGCUGUAGAACCAGUACCCCGGGAGCAACGAAGGAGAGGGUUUUACUCCAAACUCUUUCUAGUAAAAAAAUCCUCAGGGGCCUUCAGACCAGUUCUGGAUCUUCGUCCACUAAAUCAAUUCAUACGUUGCAGAAAAUUCAAGAUGGAGUCCCUGACAUCCAUAAUUGCAGCAAUUCCGCCUCGAGCAUGGUUGGUAAAUCUGGAUCUCAAAGACGCGUACUUUCAUGUUCCAGUGUACGGUCCACACAGAAAAUACCUGCGGUUUGUGUUUCAGGAACAACACGUGCAGUUCACUUGCCUUCCGUUUGGCCUGUCCACGUCUCCAAGGACUUUUUCAAAGGUCUUAGUAACAGUAAUAGCUUUACUGAGAGUGAAGGGGGUCCCAGCCUUCCAUUAUCUGGACGAUAUACUUCUGGUGUCCAACUCAGAAGAAGAAGCUGUAAAAAACAGAGACAAAGCGAUUGGAAUUCUGCAACUCUUCGGCUGGGUGAUAAACUGGCAGAAGAGUCAUCUGGUGCCAACUCAGAAGAUAAUUUUCUUGGGAGCCAGCUUGGACACUCUUCAAGGGAUAGUGUCUCUUCCAGAUCAGAAGGUCUCAUACAUCAUGGACCGAGUGAGAUCCUUUCAACAGCUCACCAGAGUGUCCGUCAAGGAUUGCAUGUCAAUUCUGGGUCUAUUUUCCUCCACCAUUCAGAUGGUACGUUGGGCAAGAUGGCACAUGAGACCCCUUCAAAUAUUUUUUUCUGGGUUCAGGGUCGACCAAUCCCAUAAAUCUGAAGAGACUUCUUCAUAUUCCAAGUCAGGUGAUGGCGAGCCUAGACUGGUGGUUGAUCCCGAGAAAUCUAACCAGAGGAAUGCCGUUGACAGAACCAGACUACGUCACAAUUACAACAGACGCCUCUCAAACAGGCUGGGGAGCCAUGUUAGACGAUCUGUCAGCUCAAGGGCAGUGGGAAGUCUCUCAUCUUCCUUCCAAUGUAUUGGAGUUGAGGGCAAUAAGGAUGGCUCUAUUGGCCUUCUCGGAGAGGAUAACACACAGGUGGGUGAAAAUCCGUUCAGACAAUGCCACGGCGGUGGCAUAUGUACACAGACAAGGAGGCACCAAGAGUGCGCGGUUGAUACAAGAGCUGUCAACUAUCAUGUCAUGGGCAGAAUCAAACCUAAGAGGUUUAGUAGCCUUUUUUGUACCAGGCAAAAUGAAUGUGCAGGCGGAUUUCCUAAGCAGAAAUUCCUUGGAGCCAGGAGAAUGGUCCCUGAAUCCCGUUGUGUUCCAGACCAUUACCAAGAGAUUUGGCAAUCCAGAGAUAGACCUCAUGGCCUCGGAUCACAACCACAAGUGCAAGAGGUUCUUUUCAAGGUACCCGUCCCGGAUAUCCAGUGGAAUAGAUGCCCUAAAUCAGAACUGGAGAGGGAUGUUCGGGUAUGUCUUUCCACCCUUUCCAUUAAUUUGGAGGGUAUUGAAGAAAAUAGACAAAGAGGAGACACAGGUGAUUGCUAUAGUCCCAUUCUGGCCCAGGCGUCCCUGGUUUCCACUUCUAAGACAGAUGUCAGUGGAGCCUCCAAUGAAACUUCCAGUUAUGAAAGAUCUGCUGAUGCAGGGCCCAGUUCCAUUUCAGGAGGUGUUCCACCUGUCUCUGAGGGCGUGGAAGUUGAAAGGCAGAGGUUAUCAGGUAUAGGCCUCAACAAAGAUCUGAUAGAAUUGCUGUUGAAAUCUAGAAAGCACUCUACGUCAAGUCAAUACUAUCGUGUCUGGUCUUGUUUUGUCAAAUUUGCGGAAGAUAAAGGAUUUGAUCCCAGAUGUCCUGGGGCGUCAGAGUUGGUGCAGUUUCUCUUUGCUGGGUACCAGAGAAGGCUUAGUGUCAGCACUUUGAGAGGACAAGUUUCGGCACUGUCGGCAUUAACUGAAAGAUCAUGGGCGGAGGAUCCGUUGGUCAUUCGCCUGUUUAAUGCACUUAAAAGAGUGUGUCCAAUAAGACGACUAGGGGUACCUCCAUGGGAUUUGCCUUUAGUCUUAAAGGUUUUAAUGGCAGCUCCUUUUGAACCGUUGGAAAAGGCUUCGGAUUGGCAUGUUACUCUGAAAGCUUUAUUUCUGGUGGCGAUCACUUCAGCCUGCAGAGUAGGGGAAAUUCAUUCUCUUUCAGCGAAGGAACCUGAUACGGUGGUGUUCCCAGAUAAAGUGGUCUUGAGACCAGCGUUUGAAUUUCUUCCGAAGGUUGUAUCACAAUUUCAUAUGAAUUUGGAGAUAACUUUGCCCUCCUUUUGUCCAGAUCCCAAAACAGUGCGUGAACAACAGUGGCAUACGUUGGACCUAGUUCGAAUAAUAUCUCAUUAUCUGACCCGUACACAGGCGUGGAGGAAGUCAGAAAGACUGUUUGUCAUUCCGAGAGGUCCUAGAAGAGGUUGUGCCCCGUCUAAAGCGACUAUCAGUCGAUGGAUCGUUGAAUGCAUAGUGUUCGCCUAUCACAAAACAGGCAGAGAGGUACCUAGAGACUUGAAGGCUCACUCUACUCGAGCAUUGGCUGCUUCCUGGGCGGCGGAAGCCAGAGCGCCGCCAGACGUAAUUUGCAAGGCUGCAAGAUGGUCCUCCUUGCAUACAUUUAUAAAGCAUUAUAAGUUAAAUGUUUUUCUUUCCCAAGAGGCUAAAUUUGGGAGAAAGGUUUUGCAAGCUGUAUUGCAUUCAUAAUAAAUGUUAAGCAUCA